AUGGCACCUCAAAGAACAUGUCAUGAAUUUGAGAGAAAUGGAACAUGCAAAUACAAAAAUUGCAAGUUUCAACACAUUUAUAAGGGCAAAAAAACCUCUGAUGUCCAGGGAGGGUCUUCAUCGUCGUCCAGCAACUUGUCUAACUCGGAGAAGCAGUUUCGAUCUUGGAAGCAUAGUAUUCCCUCAAAUAGCAAAGUCGGAGUGCAGAGUAGCAAGCUUGCCUUGAUAUUCAAAAAAGCGUAUGAACUGAUUGAAAUCGAUGUUGGGGUGCGUCAAUCAGUCAUUCAGACGCUCUCUGAGGAGGGUGGUCUUGCUUGUAUCAAGAUGAUGGUUGAACAAAACUUUGAACAACUCUCUACAAGCAUGAAGUCGAAUUUAUUCAGAACUCAGAUACUUCCCCUCUUCAAAACUGUGUCUCAUCCCGAUGUGUUGCAAUCUUUGAUACUCGAACGGGCGGUCGGAACUAUUUACAAUCUUUUGUUUGGGCUGGUGGGAGAAAGAGCCUCAAAGCUCCUGAUGUUUUGUUCCGAAGUGCUCAUGCAUUGUACCAAAGAUGAGUCUACCUUGGAGUGGAUGGAGGCUUGCCUUGUGGUAUUCUCGCGGAUCGUGGAUCUUAAUUCCACAGCCCUUGUCCAGGAACCUCUCAAAAAUUGUGCAAGUCAGUUUCAACUGAUAUUCACCACGUGGGUCACGGAUUAUCCCGAGAGUCCUGUGCAUGACUCGCGAGUGCAUCUGGAGCGCCUUCUUCGCCGUUUCGAUAUUGGUGUUUCACUACCAAACAUGGCUCAGAAUAACCCGUCUAAAGUGCAAAAAAUGCUAGGAGCCUUUGUCGUCGAAUACGAACCCCCUGGUGGCCGCCACGACAAUGACUUCAAAGAUAUCCGCCGAAUUCGCAUAAUGCCGACAUUUCAAGAAAUUUCCAGUCGUCGUAGUGAGUACCUACCUCCAUACGAUCCAACACAAUGGCAUGAGGAUGGUCUUCACGGACUUUUGGAUAGAAACUUCCGCCUGCUGCGCGAAGAUACUGUCGGCCUCCUCCGAGACGCCAUUCACUCCGUAUUCCAGCCAUCACGAACCGCCCCGAAUCAGAAAAACCAACAGCGCACCAACGUAUAUCAAGGUAGUAGGAUUGUGGAACUUGGGUUCCACUGGCAGGAUGGAUUUCAGUUCAAGCUGAGCUUUGCCCAACCAACGAAAGUCGAUAAAAUGACCACCACACAACGUGAGGAAUGGUGGAAUAUGUCCAAACGUCUGCAAUCCGGAGCUCUGGUCUGUCUCAUUAUGCAGAGAAACUUUGUGGUUUUCUGUACUGUCAUCAACUCGCAGGCGCAAGCACCAGCGCGUAAGCGACAAGGACAGGAUGGUAACAAGACCCAGAAAAAGGAUUCAGAUGGUUUAUGGAAAAAUCCCCAAGAAGCUACUGUCUUUUUGAAAUUAACCAGUGUGAAUGAUAGAUGUAUUGAAAUGGUCCUGAAGCAUUACACCAAGAAGGAUUCUCAUAUCACUCUUGUGGAAUUUCCAGGUGUAGUUCUACCUGCGUUCGAGCCGACUUUGAAAGCACUUCAGUUGAUGAGAAAAAGUGAUAACCUUCCUUUUUCUGAACUACUCAUCCCAAAUAGCUCUCAGGAUGGAUCUCCAACUGAUAUUUCCCCUCCCCUGUACGCAACUGAACCCGGAUUCCAGUUCAACCUGCGGUGUUUGAUGAACGAUAACAGCGACUUUUUCGUUCGUGUUGGCCAUACUACCGAUUUGCAGAAACUACGUCAGAAUUCGAGUUUGGACGACGCCCAAGCAUCUGCUCUUGUCGAAACGCUGCAACGGAAGAUCGGUUUGAUUCAAGGGCCACCUGGAACCGGCAAAAGCUAUACAGGCGUCGCGCUCAUCAAGGUCCUUUUGGCCAACAAAGGAAAUGGAAGGAAAAAGCUCGGUCCAAUAAUCUGUGUUACUUAUACAAAUCAUGCGCUUGAUCAAUUGCUGGAGUCCUUGUUGGAAAAGAAUGUCACAAAACAAAUCGUUCGCAUGGGAGGGCAGUCAAAGUCCGAAAGCCUGAAAGCCUACAAUCUUCGAGAGCUUGCGAAAAGAUUCGACAAAACAAAGAUGGAAAAGGGUAGUUUGUGGACUUUGCAUAAUUCCUUGGAGACGUCUGAGAAGGACUUCAGCCAAAUUGGGUUUCGAGAGGGUAUCUCGCCGGCACGAGUGAUGAUCCAUUUACGAGACAGCUUUCCUACACAUUAUAACCAGUUAUUUGGGAUUGAGAAAGAUGGGUUCCAGAAUGCACAUAGCGACAAUCCUGGAAAAGUGUUUGAUCGAUGGCGCAGGUCAGGAGGCAAAGCCUCAAAGGACCAGAUUCGAAAUGUCGGGCAGCUUGAAUCAAUUUCUCUCGUUCAAAUGUCACAACCUGAGCGAGAAAGUCUCUACGCAUAUUGGCAAUCGCAAAUUCAAGACGAUAUGCAACAGGAGUUAAUCGGUAUAUGCUUAUCGCAUUCUCGUACUAAAUACGAAUUCGACAAUAUUCGUAGCGAAGUCGAUCUGCGUUGUCUCAGUCAAGCCGAUGUCAUUGGAGUCACCACGUCUGGAUUAGCCAGAAAUCUUGAUAUGCUCCGGAGAUUACAGUCCAAGGUUGUGCUGUGCGAAGAGGCAGGUGAGGUCCUCGAGUCGCAUCUCCUUACUGCUUUACUACCAUCAGUAGAGCAUGCCAUCCUUAUUGGCGACCACUACCAACUCCGCCCACAGGUUCAAAACUAUGAGCUCUCUCGCGAGAAUAAGAAUGGUGGGGAUAGGUACUCAUUGGAUGUCUCCAUGUUUGAACGCCUUGUUGAGACUGGCAGUGCCAUGGGCUGCGGCUUGCCUUACAGCACCCUGCAGACACAGCGCCGUAUGCAUCCGUCAAUUGCUCAGCUCGUGCGCGAGACAUUGUACUCACACCUUCAGGAUGCUCCUUCAGUGUCUGAAUAUCCAUCCGUAGAGGGAAUUCGCAAGAGAUUGUUCUGGUUGGAUCACCGCGAACCAGAGGGCAACCCUUCAAAUGCAGAGGCAGCAGCGACAUCGCGAUGGAAUGACUACGAAGUUACAAUGACUACAGCCCUGGUCAACCAUUUAGUUUGUCAGGGAGAGUAUGCCAGUGGUGAAAUUGCCGUUCUUACGCCUUAUUUAGGCCAGCUCCAGAAAUUGAGGCGCAGACUUAGCAGGUCAUUUGCAAUCACUUUGGGGGAUCGAGACCAAGACGACCUUGACAAGGCUGGUCUCCAAGAAGAUGAGGAGCAAGCCCCAACCCCCACCGCAGUGAAAGGAACACUUCUUCAAAAUCUGCGGGUAGCCACAAUCGACAAUUUCCAGGGAGAGGAGGCGAGCGUUGUGGUGAUUUCACUGGUGCGCAGUAACCCACAAAACAAAUGUGGCUUCCUACGUACUUCGAACCGAAUCAACGUACUCCUUUCUCGGGCAAAGAAUGGGAUGUACAUCAUUGGAAACUCUAUUACUUCUAUGCAUGUACCCAUGUGGGCCGAUGUCAUCGAUAUCUUCAAGCAAAACGAGAAUAUUGGCACAAGCUUGGAGUUGCAAUGCCCACGGCAUCCAGACACUCUUAUUACAGUAUCCAAACCCGAUGACUUUCAACGGGUCUCACCAGAAGGAGGAUGCGAUCUCCGUUGCAUUAAGCGGUUAUCAUGCGGUCAUGCAUGCAUUCAGAAAUGUCACUCUGAGAUUCUUCACAAUGCUGUUCAAUGCUUGGAAGCUUGUCAGCGACCACGGGAAGGUUGCUCUCAUCCCUGUCCUAAGAAAUGCGGCGAAAAGUGCCCCGUCAAAUGUACAGAAACUGUCUUUCUGGCCGAUAGAAAGCUUAGUUGUGGUCAUUUAGCGCAAAGGCUUCCUUGCUGGCAGAGCCAGGACUUGUCAACUGUACGUUGCCCCGUUCUUGUCGAAAGGACAAUUCCAACCUGCAACCACAAGGUUCGGGUUGCAUGCCACGUUGAUGUCGGACAUCAGACUCAGGAGAUGUCAACAUUGAUCAUGGAGUUUGUCGACAGAAAUGUGGUCGAAACCAAAAUACCUGCGCUCACAGAUGUGAUACCUCUUGCCACGAUGAAGAACCAUGCCCACCCUGUCAAUCACCCUGCGAAGUCGACUGCGGACAUUCCAAAUGCGGGAGAAAGUGCUCGGAGCCGUGCACUCCUUGCGCUGAAGGGAAAUGCCUUUCUUCGUGUGCCCAUAGUACAUGUUCCAUGCCUUGUGCUGCCCCAUGCGAUCAUGUCCCGUGUUCACUGA